CUCUCACUAUAGAAGGUGAUCCACGGAUGAGUGCCUCUGGCCCUGGAAUCGCGCAACUCUCAACACCAGCGUUGAGAAACUUGCAUGACCCUUCAGUAACCAUCGAAGAAUACUUCUACUGGGCCAGGAUCACUCGUGAAGAGCAGAGAAACAUACCAACGGUCAAAACUCCUGCCAGGAAGUUCUUGGGUUUUGGUAAACACGAUGCGGUCUCCUCGACCAUCACUGGUACCGACCCCACCAAAUCCGAACCCCCCAAAAGGGUAUCAGGUGCAGCCACGGAUGAAAAGAUUGGCAAUUCCGAAACUCCCGCGACUACAAGACCAGUCGUUAUGACAGAGGAUGAGUGGUUACAGGCUUCCAGAGCCGCAAGAACAGCGACCUGGGGAUCUAUUUUCUAUCUCAUCACCACAGAUGUUCUAGGUCCUUACUCUGUGCCGUACGUCAGAUUGUUGUGUUCGAAUAUCAGACUACCUCGAUUAACAGUGUUGCAGANNUGGGCUUUGGCACAGAUGGGAUACGGCCCAGGUGUCGUUCUGUACACCAUCUUUGGAGCUUUGGCCGGCUACACAGGUUGGCAGAUCUGGCAGAUGUUUCUCAAACUUGAUUCCGACCAGUACCCUAUGAAGACUUUUGGUGACAUUGCAUUCAGAGCCUAUGGACAGGCGGUACGCCACAUAGUGAAUAUCCUGCAAGCGAUCCAGCUUAUCUUCAACGUGGGUGUCAUCAUCAUUCAAAAUGGACAAGGACUUUACCAGAUCAAUUCGAACAUUGCUGUGUCAUCUGGACAGNCAUGUGGUUUCGUACUUGGUCAAGUACGUACUCUGCAAAAAUACGGCUGGAUCGCCAACUUUGCCGUCUGGAUCAACAUUAUUGUCAUGAUCCUUACAAUGGCAGUCGUAACUCACAGCCAUCCCAACUACGAGGCCGCUUCCAAAUCCAACGGUGUGCCUGUCGGCCCUCCUGCCCCACCAGUCAUGACUACCGCAGGCCCACCGCCUACCGUCGAGUUCAGCGGACAAAUCGUGGGCCUGAUGCAAGCCGUCUAUUCCUAUGGCGGUGCCAUGCUCUACUGCGAAUUCAUGAGCGAAAUGCGGAAGCCUUUUGACUUUUGGAAGGCACUGAUCGUUGCAGAAACCUUUAUCUACGUGAUCUAUUUAUUUUUCGGUGUCUUUGUGUAUUCUUAUCAGGGCCAGUAUACUAUCAAUCCAGCUCAGCAGGGUAUGUUUCCUCACGCAGCUUUGACCGCAGGUAACAUCCUCGCUUUUGUUACGGCCCUCAUUGCGGCCGGAUUAUACGGAAACAUCGGCAUCAAAGUCAUGUAUCAGAACAUCUUCCAGGAACUGCUGGGUCUGCCGCAGCUCACUACAAGAACCGGAAAACUCAUCUGGGCUGGCAUUGUCCCAAUUUAUUGGGGAAUUGCUUUCCUCCUUGCCGCCGCUAUCCCUCAGUUCAGG